CCCCUGGGGCGACCAGUCUCCUGGGGACCUCGGGACCUCGGGACCUCACUGCCGGCCGGGCCGGCGCCAUGCCCAACAAGUGGUUCAGCGGGGCACCCUUUGGGGUGCAGAGCCACAGAUUUGACGUCUCUGCUGUUUAUCCCAACCGGAAGAAGUACAGCACCUUCACGGAGGCCCCAUACUUUAAUCGUUACUCUGUGGAACUGUCCCACAUAGGACCUGGAACCUACAACUCCCGGGAGACCUGCUUCAGCAAGAAGAAGCUAAAGAAGGAGGUGGGCACAGGCUGGGCCAAGGCCCAGGAAGCCACCCGGCUGACCCGGCUGCCCCACUUCCAGUACCAGGCCAUCAUGAAAGAGAAGGAGCAGCAGGAGCAAAAGCUGGGGCCUGGCUACUACAACUUCAAAGACUUCUUAGAAUUGCUGAAUGAGAAACCAUGUAGCACCCGGGGGCUACUCAGCUCUGGAGAGGUUCGCUUCCGAGGACUCAUCGGGAACUACAACCCAGGCCCCGGGAAUUACGGGGAGAAGGGCAACCCCUACUCGAAGCUGGAGGAGAAUGCCUGGAACCGGUCCCACUCCGAGGGCCUCAUGUGCAGGAUGACCAACAAGCCGCCGCCCUUGGCUCAUCAGGGGAGUGGUCUGGGACCUGGCACCUACUUCUUAAAGAGUGGCAUCGAGACAUACCUGGAGCAAUCGGUCGGCACCCGCGGCCCGUAUGACAUUUUCUCCGGUGACCGCAGCAAGGCCGUGCCUUACGGACAUUACUCUACGCAGAGAAAGAAGCCCAGGGAGCUGAUGAAUUUCAAGAGCUUCGUAGACGAGCUUAACUCAUGUUACAAUGAGAAGCAUGGGGUUUUUUCCAAAGCUCCCCGCAACCCGAAAACCCCUCCGGAGAGGAUUUACUGGGCCACCCCUAGCCAGUGCCCCCGAACACUGGCCACAUCUGGACCCGGCUUUUGGCUUCCACCGGAGGAGAAACCCAAAUACAUCAACCAGCCGCCGUUCCUGCUGGCCGCCAAGCGGUCCGGCACAAAGGCCAGCCAGAAUGUUUUGGGGAGCUGGAACCCGGUAGGUGUGGGCCGCUACCUGAACACCUGGCUGAUGGAGACAAAGGACAGACGGCAGCGCUACCGGUCCCUGUUCCUGGUUGGAUCCAAACGCUACCUCUCGGACCUGGACCGGGACAUGAUCAUGCAGGAAAGGAUCACACCUUUCACUAAGGGGAAGUGCCGUCCAACAGUGGAUUAUGAUUCAGAUCCUACUUCUUAAAGCCGCACGUGAAGGACAGCCUGCGGUGACUGGAGGCCCAAGGCCUGAAGACAAAUCUGGGGAUGGGAGGAUGGGCGUGGGAAGGGGGCGAGAAAGGACGCAUGAGAAUUCCUGGGAGAGGGGAGAGAUGUGCUGGGACCACCUUUGCUGGAACUGUAUACCUGGAGGUCACAAUGCCUGCUGGGACACCUGGGGCCAGAUAUCUUAUGUUACAAGAGAUCGAAUAUCCUGAGAACUGGAAUCAGCAAUGACACGAACGUGGGGGCCAGACAGCAAACGGACUGAAGGGGUGGAAUGUGGUUGACACUCUUGGAAGCCUUUCUAUUCUAAAGCGAGUGCUUGGCUCCUUGUUCAUUAAAGUCCAAAAAGGGGUGGCACAGUGUAGCAUAUUUGGCAAUUCUAGAACUUUCCAGGAACAUCCCAUCUCCAUCCCAGGACACUUCUGGAAGCUCAGCAGAGCCUCAUGCUUUGAGGAGACUGCUGACCGCCAGGCCGUGUCCAGCCACUGGGAGCAUUGGCUCCACCCACAGAGUCAGCCCUGUGGGCACCCCAUCCAGCCUGCAGGUGGGUCUAUGGAGGCUGGUCACAACGUCCUGGGCUCCUUCCCUCACUGUUCAUGCCAGUGAGAGAGUGGGUGGGUUGUCCCUAGAGAAGAGGAGACCUGGACACCACAGGUUCAGCCAUAAAGCUUGCAUAAUGAUAAAGAAUACUUCAAACACUUUCUUUAGAGUGCGAGUGUCUUACAGAAAGCAGCUACUUCCUCACUCGUGUCAGAAUGACUGUUUUGGAAGAAGUAAAACCAUCUUUAUUCACA